AUCCUCGAAUUGAAACGUUGGUGAUAAGAUACGGUUCCAAUGGCCACUUCUCUUUCUUCUGCUACAGCAAUUCCACGCCCAAGCAUCGGCAUCGGCAUCGUCAAUUCCAUCUCUUCCUUCAACAUCUCCAACAGCUUAAGCACUCGGUCUCAACCGCGAAGCUUCGUGAAGUGCGAAUCAAGUGCAUCGGCAGCAGACCCCACGCCGCCGGCAAAGAGUCGGAAACUCGAGAUCGGCUCCCCCGUUAUCGUAGUCGAGGCUCCCAAAAUGAUAAAGACCGCAGCCUCGGUUCCAUGCCUCAGGGUCAAUUCCGGCAUAAUCAACCCCGGCGACGUUGGCAGAAUCGUGUCAAGAAAACCGAAGGACGUGUGGGGCGUGCGGCUUAAAGUCGGGACAUACCUCAUAGAUGGAAGGUAUUUUAGACCAUUAGAGCUGGAUCAAUGAGCCCAUCGUGUUGAUCGAAACAUAGUUCAAUAAUUAAGGCGUUAUGAUCUAAUCCAAAAGAUCAAAUGUUAGAAAUCUCACCGUCAAUUAAUUCAAAAAAACCCUCACACAUGGUUGAACUAGACAUUGAAUUUUAUUGCUUCGGUAUCACUUUAUCGAUGAAGAAUUUACU